AAAUACCCUCGAGCGCCUAUUGGUCAUCGAGCAUCGCCACCACGGAUCGCGAGUCGCGCCAGUGGAAACGACAAUGCAAGCUGCAUGUCAGAGUCGCAUCCGGUGCACUCCAACGAACAGGGGAUAUGGAGGACCCGGCCAUACUUAACAUCUCGCGAUGCCCCCUGGUUUUGAAUCGCUCCCUCAACCACUCCCAUUCAUCAAUCAACGUUGCCAAACAUGAAGGCUGUCGUAUAUCAAAAGCCUGGCUCCUUUGUCAUCGAGGAUCGGCCCAUGCCCACGAUUCUGCAACCCGGCGAUGCCAUUGUGAAACUCGUCUGGACCACCAUUUGCGGAACCGACCUGCACAUCCUCCAGGGCCAUGUUCCGUCCUGCACGCCCGGCCGUAUUUUGGGCCACGAAGGCGUAGGCAUUGUCGUGACGGUCGGCGCAGGCGUCAGCGGGCCGCGAGUUGGGGACCGAGUGCUGAUUUCAUGUAUCUCGGCCUGUGGAAUGUGUGCGCCGUGUCGCAAGGGGAUGACUUCACACUGCUCAACGGGUGGCUGGAUUCUAGGCAACGAAAUCGAUGGUACGCAGGCCGAGUACGUUCGCGUACCGCAUGCCAGCUUCUCUCUCCAUAUUCUACCUGCCAGCAUUCCCAGCGACCUCGCGGUCACCUUCUCCGAUAUCCUCCCCACGGCCUAUGAGUGUGGAGUGCUCAACGCUGCCAUGCAGCCCGGAUCCUCGCUCGCUAUCGUUGGGCCCGGGCCUAUAGGUCUGGCUGCGUUGAUGUUGGUCCAAAGGCUUUUCGGCCCGUCGCAAGUGGUGGUAAUCGGCCGAGGCGAGUCGCGUCUGCGCAUCGCCAAAAGCCUCGGGGCAGCUCACACUUUCAGCUCACGAGAAGGGUUGGAAGAGGCAGUCCGGGCGGCGAUCGGCGUUAAUGGUGGGGCUGGGUACGAUGCCGUGAUCGAGGCUGUUGGGACGAAGGAGAGCUUCGACUUGGCACAGAUGCUGGUUGGGCCGGGUGGUACGAUUGCCAGCCUGGGGGUAUUUGGCAGUAAAUGUGAUCUUCAUCUCGACCGGUUGUGGAAUCGAAAUAUCUGCCUGCGCACGCGCUUGGUGGAUGCCGUUUCAACGCCAGAUCUGAUAAAGAUGGCAGAGUCACAGAUGGUCCAUCCGGAGGUUCUGAUCUCGCACCGAUUCUCGUUUGAGGACAUGAUGCAGGCGUAUGAGACGUUCCAGGCGGCAUCCCAGCGGGAUGCUCUUAAGGUGGUGAUCUCUGUCGGGGCUGAAACUAGUGGCGUGGAGGAUAAGAAACUCGGGGUAUCUUCGUGGGAGCAUGAUAUAUUGUCAAAGGGACCCUAGCCCCUGGGACCAAAACCUCGCUCGGUACACUUCUAGAGUAGCCGGAAACAAGUAGUUUGCGAAAGUCCGAAAUCCUCCGCCUGGAGUGGAGCGGUUCGCGGUGGAGGACACGAGAGGCACUCGUUCUUGUUCCUAAACAAUGCUCCUCAGGCCCUUCGUUCCUGCCGUGGUUUUCAUUUUU